CUGUCAUCACCUUUUAGGACAGUAAAAGCGCUUGGAUUUUCUUCAAUAGUAACUUUUCUGAUAGGAAAGUGAAUCUAGUUGGUAAACAAAUGACCGUAGGGACAUGACAUUUUGACUGAAUGUUUAUAUUAGCAUUUUCUAUACACCAUAAAAUUUACAAAAUAUUUUGACUCUUUUUGAGCUGUUUACGGCCAUUGUCAUUUUUAAAUUUUUUUAGUUUUUUUUUCUAUAAAUAUCAAUAACAUUUUAUCUGUUGAGUAAAAAAGCUUGAAAAUUUAAUAGAAGGCUCCUAGGUUAUUGUUUCAAAGGCAGAUGAAAAACAUUAAAAAUCCUUAGUCACAGUUUUUAUUUAUAAGCAUUUAAAGUUCAAAUUUUGACAAAAUACGGAAAAAUCACGAAAAAUAACAAAUUAUUUUGAGUUGAGAAUUCAUAAAAAAUUUUCUUUUUAAAUCUAAGAUUUGAAAAUGUAAUAUAAGAUUACUCAUAAGUUUGUCUACCUUUAUCAAAAAAAAAAUGUCUAGAAGAAACUUAAAUUAAAUUUUUUAUGAGCGUCUGAAAUUUAUAUUUUUACAACAUUUGAUAUUUACUCGAUUUCUCAUGUAACAAUUUUCUUAUUUUAUUGUAAUUAAAAAACGAAUGACUGUAGAUACUUGAAAAUUUCACUGAAAAUUUAAUAUAAGGCUCCUGAUAUAUCGUUCUAAUAGCAGUUGAAAAAUAUUAAAAAUACAUAGGCACAAUUUUUUUUUAUAAGCAUUUAAAGUUCAAAUUUUGACAACAUUAAUAAAAAUUAAUUAUUUUGUAGUUAAAAAUGUAUAAAAUGUAACUUUUAUGGCUAAAGGUACGGUUUCCCUUGCGCGAUUGCGAAUGCGAACCGCGAACGCGAUCCGAUCUAAGAUCGCGCAUCAUUAUCGCGCGACUACUGAUACAAUGUAAAUUAAAUACAGUUGGUUUUCCUUGCGCGAUCGCGGUCGGCGAUCUAAAUUUGAUCGCGGCGCGAACGCGAAGUGACUGCUUCAAGAGCAGUCAAAUCGCGUUCGCGUCGCGAUUAAUUUGUUAUUUUGAAAGACAAUUAUGAUAUGACAUUCAUUUAUGAUUGACUGCUGGUUGACGUUGGUCGUGUUUUUCAACAAUGAGUGCUCUAAUGACCAAAUUUAGCAAAGUAGAAGAUGAAGCUCUGGUUGAAUGUGUUGCUAAAAAUCCGCCAAUUUAUAAUCCUCAAAACAAGGAUUACAAAGAUUUAAAUAUUAGAGAUGCCAUUUGGAAGAAUAUUAGUGAAACCGUUGGACGUAGUAAUGAUGACUGCAGGAGAAGGUAUAAGAACAUAAAAGAUGCUUACUUAAAAAAUAAACGGACAAGAAAAAUGACAACAGGAUCAAGUGCGUCUUCAAAACCAUCAAAAUGGUAUUUAGCACCAUUUUUAACAUUUUUGGAUACGGUACCACAAGAAAGAAUUACUACAUCUAAUAUGUAUGAUACUGAUGCAAAUGAAAAUUCCGGUUCAGAUUUAAGUGAUGAAGAAGUAAAUAUUACAGAAGAGGUACCGUUAUCACCACAAACUCAAUGUGAUCAAUCAAUAUCACCAUCGAUGUCCAGGUCACGAAAAAUGAACAAGAGAAAAAAUUUAAACAUUACUGAACUUUUAGAAAAAAGGUCAAAAGAAAGAACACAGCUCAUGACACAAAUAUGUUCAAAAAAAAAUACAGUAGACGAUGAUGAUGUGGACCAUUUCUUUAAAAGCUUAGCCAUAUCUGUGAAAAAACUGCCACCACAUUUAAUUGCACAAGCCAAAUUGAAAAUGUUAACUGUAUUAACCGAUUUACAAUUUCAUGAUCCAGGUAAUCGUUACACUACGCCUAUAUCCAAUAGAGUAUUAAUAACACCAAGCCAGUCAACUACUAGUUCCACACAUUCAUUGGAAAACCACUAUACUCCAUAUAAUAAUUAUAGUCCGCCUUCAAUAAGUUCACCAUCAUAUACAAAUACUCAACAACAGUUUGGAUCUUCAAAUAUAUUAACGCCUUUCGAUUCAGUAGCAAAUAUGAAUAAUGAAUGGAACACAAAUUCACAGUAAAAUAAAGAAAAACAAUAAAAUAUAAUUAGGUAUUUACUACCAGUAAUAAAGGUAAAUGAUUUUUUUUUAGUUUUUAAUUUUCAUGCAUAUUUUAUAUUGAAUAUUUUAUAGGAACAUAUGUUAUUUUUAUUAAUUAACCAUGGUUUUAUACAUUUAUAAAUAUUUGUAUAAUUUAAUAAGAUUUAAAAUUUUUUUUUAUAUUGAUUGUUAUAAUAUAUAACUUUUAUGUAAAUAUAAUAUGAUUAGGUACUACGUGUACCAAUAAUAAAGGAAAAUAAUUUUUUUUUUUUAGUUUUUAUGUAUAUUUUUUAUUGAAUACUAUAUUAAAUAAGGAUAUAACAAUAUACUAAUGUAGUAAUAUGUGUGCUAAUUUCAUUGUUUGUUAGUAAUUUAUAAAUUUUACUUACCUUAAUGUAACUGCCAAUUUUUCCUCUGGUGUUAUUGGUUUCCUUAUAAAAAAAGUCGGAUUUAAGGCUAGGUCGUCUCUUAUUAAAUUU